AUGCAAGUGGGCAAAUUGGAGCCUGCACCUCCACUGCUGCGUUUCUCCAUCUUCCUGGAUCCUUCAAACAUGGUCUACCUCCGCUGGGACCAUGACGAACAGGAGCUGAUGACAUUUGAGCUGCAGGUCCGUACAACUGGCUGGGUGGCAUUUGGAUUCAGCCCUCACGGAGAGUUGCCUGGAUCUGACAUUGUGAUAGGAGGUGUCUUCCCAAAUGGCAGCAUCUACUUCUCCGAUUGUCACAUAGUAGAUGAGGCAACCCUUGAGGAAGAUGGGAGCCAGGACUACCAACUGCUGUCAAUGACAGAGAAUGAGACCUCCACCACCGUGCUGUUCAAACGCCACCUAAGGACGUGUGACCCCAAUGACCAGGAUAUCACGAUGGACACAGCACGCCUCAUUACUGCAUUUGGCACUGAUGACACAGUCCAAUUCUUUGAAGGCCAAAGAUUUUCCAAAUCUGUUUUCUUGAUGAGGUACAGAGGCCCAUCUGACUUAACUGACCCCAAAAUAUUCUUCACCUAUGACCUGAGGCUGGACAAUUUUGCUGUCCCAGUUGAAGAAACCAUGUAUGCCUGUACCUUUAUCCCACUGCCCAUGGUCAAGCAGAAACACCAUAUCUACAAGUUCGAACCUGUAAUAACACCCCACAACAUAACCUUGGUUCAUCAUAUUCUUGUUUAUGCCUGUGGCAACGCCAGCGUGUUACCCAGUGGCAUAGACGAUUGCUAUGGAGCCAAUCCAGAUUUUGCCCUGUGCUCUCAGGUGCUUGUGGGCUGGGCUGUCGGAGGGGAGUCUUAUCAAUUUCCAGAUGAAGCUGCGGUUUCCAUAGGGACACCUUGGGACCCUCAGUACGUCCGACUAGAAAUCCAUUACAGCAAUUUUGACUUGUUACCAGGCUUGAUCGACAGCUCAGGGGUACGAAUCUACUAUACUCCGGAGCUACGGCAGUAUGAUGUGGGGGUUCUGCAAACAGGCGUCUUCAUUUUCCCUGUGCAUUUCAUUCCUCCCGGGGCAGAAUCCUACAGAUCUUAUGGCCUUUGCAAUUCCAGCCAGUUUGAUGAAAUGAAUGGGAUGUUGGUUCCAGAUUUGCAUGUAUUUGCCUACUUGCUUCACACCCACCUGUCUGGCAGAGGAGUGAAAGCUGCUCAAUACCGGAAUGGUGAGCAGCUGAGGAUCAUCUGUGAGGACAAUAAGUACGACUUCAGACUGCAGGAGAUUCGGGACAUGAAAGAAAUCCUCAUAAUCAAACCAGGCGAUGAGAUCCUGGUCGAAUGCAAUUUUCAGACGCUGGAUCGAUCAGGGAUUACUUUUGGUGGGCCAAGCACCAUGGAUGAGAUGUGUCUGACAUUCCUCUUCUACUACCCUCGUAACAACAUCUCCAGUUGUAUGGGCUUCCCUGACAUACUGUACGUUGCUCAUGCACUCAAACAGGAGGCUUCAGAGUGAGUCCUGAGUCAACAUGUUUCUGGAAGUAGCAUAGCAAAAUGUGGCUAUAAAGAAUGGCAAAUGGAAAAGAUAAUGAAAAUGAAAUGUUGCUGGUAGGGAAGAAAGAGCCAUGUACCUGGACCUGUCAAGUUGAACUCCCUUGCUGCAGGAAUCUAUCAAC